AAAAUAUAUCUACAAAUAUAAAUAUACAUGUACACAUAAACGUAAAAAUAAUAAAGAGAUAUUACGCCAUAACAAACAACUAGGAAUGCGUGCUGAUGCACAGUAUAUAUAUGUAUGUGUGUGUGUGUGUGUGUGUGUGUGUGUGUGUGUGUGUGUGUGUGUGUGUGUGUGUGUGUGUGUGUGUGUGUGUGUGUGUGUAAGCAUGCACACGCAUGCGCAACCGGCCUAUGGCUACAAUCGGCGACCUGCGGUAACCGACCGGCUCAUGAGUUAUGAGUUACGAUCCCUUCCUAUAACCGUAUGAAAGGACAGGAGUUUUAAGUAUUCCAACAGUCAAAGGCGGAAAAUUGUAAGAACUCGAAUAUUGUGUGAAAACAAAACGAAAAUUAUUAGACUGAAAACAAGGAAAGGUAAGAAAUAACAAUUGAGGUUAUAUGGAUGCGUGCAUAGCUAAAUAAUUAUAUUUUUUAUUAGAUGUGCGAUAAAAACAAGGAACGUUACGUAAUUAUUCGUUUUACGGACGAAAAUUCAAAUUCUAAUAGAAUUCUUGAUUUGGUCCCACUCUCGUAGGUGCACGGAGAUGAAGAGAACAGAUAUACCUGCCUAUUCCCAGGUCCGUGCGAUUACGAUCACAUAGACAGCUGGUUAUUAUCUUUGAAAGAGCCCGAGCAACAUUGGGAAUCUUUUGCAAUAGAAGUCAUUGCAUACGCAAAAGACUUGAAACAGGGGAAAAGGCGGCUCAAGCGAGCCUUGAAGUCCGAUAAAAUUAAAUGCACUGAUGACGGAUGUGAUGAAGGCCAACCUAUUAAAAUGUCUACAGAUGCCCUCGAAAAAAGUUUGAAUGCUGUAAAACCCUUCCAACACUGGAGUAAGCCUUCUUCGGCAUCAGUAAAUUCGUUGCUUACCAUCCAGCCAAAAACGAAGAACAAUCCAGAGAUAUGCUCGACAGAUGAACCAACGGAGCAAACAGUAGAGAUAAUAGAUAUUCCUUUUUUAGAACAAACUGCCGCGAUAGAUAUAAUAAAUCUACCACCAAUUUCAGAGAAUGUUUCCGUUCAGAAGGAAUACAUAGAUCACAAGUUUGAACAACUGCAAGAAACAAUAUUAAGUGAAAUAAAGUCUGCCAAAAGAAGCAUUAUAUACGACCUGGACAAAAAAAUUAACGAAAUCAAACAUACAAUUGUAUUAAACAGUCCAACAGAAAAUACGGCACAAAGUGGUGUAGAGAAAAUCAAAAGCGACUUGGAAAUAAUUUUGCCCACAGUAACAUUGGAGGAUUUUUUGCAACUUGAAAAUUCAUUAAUGAAUUCUGAAAGCAAAAGAGAAUCAUUGAUGUCACUGUUCCGAAUUUUAAUUGCUGGUGAUGCAGUCGUAAAAGACAGCAUUGCUAAAGCUUUAGAAUCAGUGAUGGUCAAAGCGGUCGAAUUGCAAUAUUCGGGAACUGGAAAAAUAAUUAAAAGUCACGGAAAAAGAAAUUUUAGUGCGACAAACACAUAUCUAUGUUUAAGAGGUAAAAUAAAUAUCUUUUAA